AUGCAGAACUUUGCCAUCGAGGUGCCGGGUGAAGCUAAUCCUUUAAACGAGCAUACCUUACUCAACGUCCUAAGGUCCGCAGCAUCGUCGGAUCCUCAGCAAGUCCAAUCCGGUGCCAAACAACUUGAACGAUGGGAAAAGGUUCCUGGUUACUAUAAACACCUACAAAGUGUAUUCCUCGACAAAUCAUUACCAUUCCAAGUCACAUAUUUGGCUAUCAUCCAGCUGAAAAAUGGUAUCGAAAAGUACUGGCGCAAGACCGCUGCAAAUGCCGUAUCAGCUGAAGAUAAAGCGAUAAUCAGAUCUCGCCUACUCCAAGGUGGCAUCGAAGAACAAGACCACCGUUUGGCUCUCCAGAACGCCCUUGUCAUUGCGAAGGUUUCUCGAUUCGAAUACCCACAAGAUUGGCCAGAUAUCAUCAGUACACUGAUUGGAGCACUACGACAAUCAAAAGAAUCACAUGCUAAUCCUAUUCACCUCCCCCGUACAUUGCUCAUCCUCCUUCAUAUCGUCAAGGAGCUCUCCGCUGCUCGUCUGCAGAGAUCUAGAGUCGCUCUACAGGCUACUACGCCCGAGAUUGUACAGGUGCUCGGGCAGAUCUAUCUUGAGAAAGUACAGUCCUGGCAGGAGGCUCUCAGCAGUGGCAAUGGCGAUCAAGACACAUUGCAACAAACGAUGCAAUCCAGUUUGUUGGCCAUUAAGACUUUGCGAAGAUUGCUUGUUGCUGGUUAUGAGUUCCCUAAUCGAGAGUCAGACGUCCAUCAGUUCUGGCAGCUUGCCUCCGCCCAAGUUGGCACUUUCAUGAACAUCAUCUCUGCGCAAGGCGCCAGUCUUCCUGAAGAGCUCAGAGUGCCGCUCGAAAAGCACUUGCUUCAACUAUCGAAAAUGCACCUAGAAAUGGCCAAGGCUCAUCCUGCGGCCUUUGUACUCUUGCCAAACUCUCUCGAUCUUGUUGGCUCAUAUUGGGCCCUCAUCAAACAGUUUGGUGAAACUUACGGCACUACUUUGUCUCCUGGUCCGUCCAAUGGGGACGAUGGCGAGCAGAAGCCGUUCCAGGAGAAGGUCGCCCUCUCCGGUCUCAAGCUCGUUCGUGCCUGUAUCAAGAUGGUGUUCAAUCCUGCCCAUUCAUUCAAGUACAAGCACCCGCAAGACAAGAUCGAGAAGGCGGAGGCGAUUGCGGCUGUCAAGGAGCAACUAUUGACCAAUUCUUUCGUCACCGAAGUCAUGGAAGUUGUUGUGACCAAGUUCUUCGUCUUCCGACAAGGCGAAUUGCAAGAAUGGGAGGAAGACCCAGAAGAGUGGGAGCAGAGUUUGGAGGGUGAAAGUGAAGGAUGGGAGUACAGCGUUCGACCCUGCGCCGAAAAGCUGUUCCUCGAUCUCGCUCUCAACUUCAGAGACUUGUUGACUCAGCCGCUGCUUAACGUUUUCUACACCGUUGCAGCGCCCGACAAUGAAGACGUUCUGUUCAAGGAUUCAGUAUACACAGCAAUUGGUUUGGCUGCCGCGGUCCUGCAGCAGCAUCUCGACUUCGAUUCGUUCCUGUCUAACACAAUCGUUGUCGAAGUUCAAAAACAGAAACCUGGAUUCAAUAUUCUGCGCCGCCGUAUUGCUAUUCUCCUGGGUCAAUGGAUCACCGUCAAAGUGUCUGCAGAGAACAGACCACUGGUCUACAAAAUCUUCCAACACCUCCUCGACUCGAGUGACUCUUGCAAUGAUCAGGUUGUCAGAAUUACUGCCGGACGACAGUUCAAGAAUAUAGUAGAUGAUUGGGAGUUCAGUCCAGAGCAGUUCCUGCCUUAUGUUCAAACGACGAUGUCACAGUUGCUGAGUCUAAUCGGAGAGGUUGACAACAUGGAAACUAAGAUGGCUUUGCUCAACACGAUUAGUGUUCUGGUCGAGCGAUUGGAGCAUCAUAUUUCGCCUUACGCAGAGACGAUCAUCAGCAUCCUGCCUAACCUCUGGGAACAAUCUGGUGAUGUGCAUCUCAUGAAACAAGCAAUCCUGACCAUUCUCUCCCGCCUUGUCACUUCUAUGAAGGCUGCUUCCGUCCCCUUCCACCAUCUUGUGUUGCCUAUCAUCAAGGGUGCCGUUGAACCUGGAUCAGAUACUCAAGUCUACCUGCUCGACGAUGCCUUGGACCUAUGGGCGAACAUACUGAUCCAAACACCAGCCCCGGCGUCACCUGAACUAUUACAACUGGCCCCAUAUCUAUUCUCGAUCUUUGAGCUAGGAUCAGAAAACCUUCGUACAGCUCUCGACAUCACCUCAUCAUAUUUCCUACUCGCACCAUCGGAGAUGCUCUCUGAUGAGAUGCGCAAGCCUCUGAUGGCAUCUCUGUCUAACCUUGUGGGCUAUGUCAAAGCUGAUGCUAGCGGAACAGUAAACAACCUCGUCGAGCUUAUAAUCAGGUCAGCCGAACGCAUUGGUGGCGAAUCAGCUAUCAACACCAUCGCUGGCGAUCUCAUCGAGUCCGACUUCCUUCGCAAGCAACUCAGAGGUCUACAUGGUAGCUGGAUUGCACAUUGCACCACUGGUCCGCUCGCAAAAGAGCCACCUGUCGAUGGCAUCGUCGAAACAGACUAUUUCUCUGUACUUGCACGCCUCGCGAUGGGUUCAGAGAACACAUUCCUACAAGCAGUACAAGCCGCUGCUCCACCCAUUCCUCUUACCGACACAACCAACCAGCCUACCCUUCACGACUCGAUGAAGUGGCUACUCGAAGAAUGGUUCAGCCACUUCGAAAACAUUGGCGACCCAUCUCGCCGCAAACUCAUGUGUCUCGCUCUAACAAAACUGCUCUCUACCUCGCAGCCAUUCAUCCUCGGCUCUCUCCAAUCGCUUAUGACGCUUUGGACAGACAUGGUGACUGAGAUACGUGAAGAUGGCGGUGCAGUCGACUCAGACACUCUAGUCUACGAUAAUCCUGAUCAAUUGAGAACCACCGAGGCCGACGUCAUCGAAGCACCUGAAGAUGAAAGAAGAAGAGCAUUGACGUUUGCAGACCCCGUGCAUAACGUGAGGACUACACAGUGGAUCAAGCAUUAUUUGCAGCUUGCUAUCCAGGCCGCAGGUGGACAGGAGGCUUUCCAGAAUGAGUGGCUGGUCAACGUUGAUAAAGAUGUGAUUGCUGCUUUUGGUGCAUUGGGUAUUAUGUGA